CCCGGCUCGGCCCCGGCGCCAUGAGCGGCGGCGGCGGCGGCGGAGGGGGCUCGGCGCCCAGUCGCUUCGCCGACUACUUUGUCAUCUGCGGGCUGGACACUGAGACCGGGCUGGAGCCGGACGAGCUGUCGGCAUUAUGCCAGUACAUACAGGCUUCUAAAGCCAGGGAUGGUGCCAGCCCUUUCAUUUCAAGUACAACUGAAGGAGAAAAUUUUGAGCAGACACCAUUGAGACGAACAUUCAAGUCUAAGGUCCUUGCACGAUAUCCUGAUAACGUGGACUGGAAUCCCUUUGACCAAGAUGCAGUGGGAAUGCUAUGCAUGCCCAAAGGGCUGGCAUUCAAGACCCAGGCUGAUCCCAGGGAGCCUCAGUUCCAUGCCUUUAUUAUCACAAGGGAGGAUGGCUCUCGGACAUUUGGGUUUUCCCUCACAUUUUAUGAGGAGGUGACUAGCAAGCAGAUCUGCAGUGCAAUGCAGACCCUCUACCACAUGCAUAAUGCUGAGUAUGAUGUCCUCCAUGCUCCCCUUGCUGAUGGCCGAGACCACAGUGACAUGGAGGAUGGUGAAGGCACUCCUGGGACCAAGCUGCAGCGCUUCAACUCCUACGACAUUAGCCGGGAUACGCUCUACGUCUCUAAGUGCAUUUGCCUCAUCACACCCAUGUCCUUCAUGAAAGCAUGUCGGAGUGUGCUGGAACAACUUCACCAGGCAGUCACUUCACCUCAGCCCCCUCCACUGCCCCUAGAGAGCUACAUAUACAAUGUACUCUUUGAAGUGCCACUCCCACCUCCUGGCCGGUCCUUGAAGUUUUCUGGGGUCUAUGGGCCAAUUGUCUGCCAGAGACCAAGUACCAAUGAGCUUCCCUUAUUCGACUUUCCUGUCAAAGAGGUCUUUGAACUGCUUGGGGUGGAGAAUGUGUUUCAACUUUUUACUUGUGCCCUUCUGGAGUUUCAAAUCCUGCUCUACUCACAGCGAAAAGUAUUCCAGGCAAAGGGCACAGGAAGUAGAAAGGUUCUGAGACAAAAAUGUGAUUGUUAUGCCCAUUGUAGACGUUUUCUCUUUCCUUUCUUGUUCAUUAUCCCCUCUAAAGCUUCUUCCUUAAUACUUUGGAGUUGUUCACACUCCUUAUCAUGUUUUGACUGCCAGGCUAACCUCUGCUUUGUGGACAUUGACAACCACUUCAUUGAGCUGCCGGAGGACUUGCCUCAGUUUCCCAACAAAUUGGAGUUUGUCCAGGAAGUCUCUGAGAUUCUCAUGGCAUUUGGCAUUCCCCCUGAAGGGAACCUUCACUGUAGCGAGAGUGCCUCCAAGCUGAAGAGGCUCCGGGCCUCUGAGCUCGUCUCUGACAAGAGGAAUGGAAACAUCGCAGGCUCCCCUUUACAUUCCUACGAGUUCCUCAAGGAGAACGAAACCAUCGCCCGCCUGCAGGCCUUGGUCAAGAGGACUGGGGUGAGCCUGGAGAAGCUGGAAGUACGUGAAGACCCCGGAAGCAAUAAGGAUCUCAAAGUUCAGUGUGAUGAAGAAGAACUCAGGAUUUACCAGCUAAACAUUCAGAUCCGGGAAGUUUUUGCAAAUCGUUUCACUCAGAUGUUUGCAGAUUAUGAGGUGUUUGUCAUUCAGCCCAGCCAGGAUAAGGAGUCCUGGUUUACCAACAGGGAGCAGAUGCAGAACUUUGACAAAGCAUCUUUUCUGUCAGAUCAGCCUGAGCCCUACCUGCCUUUCCUCUCAAGAUUCUUGGAGACCCAGAUGUUUGCUUCCUUCAUUGACAACAAAAUCAUGUGUCAUGACGAUGAUGAUAAAGAUCCUGUGCUCCGGGUGUUUGAUUCCCGAGUAGACAAGAUCAGGCUGUUGAAUGUUCGGACACCUACUCUGCGCACAUCCAUGUACCAGAAGUGUACCACUGUGGAUGAAGCAAAGAAAGCAAUUGAGCUGCGCCUGGCAAAAAUCGAUCAUACUGCGGUUCACCCCCAUUUACUUGACAUGAAGAUUGGACAAGGGAAGUAUGAACCAGGCUUCUUCCCUAAGCUGCAGUCUGAUGUGCUUUCCACCGGGCCAGCCAGCAACAAGUGGACAAAAAGGAAUGCCCCUGCCCAGUGGAGGCGUAAAGACCGGCAGAAGCAGCACACAGAACACCUGCGUUUAGACAAUGACCAGAGAGAGAAGUACAUCCAGGAAGCCAGGAAUAUGGGCAGCACCAUCCGCCAGCCCAAACUGUCCAACCUUUCCCCGUCAGUGAUUGCCCAAACCAACUGGAAGUUUGUGGAGGGUCUGCUGAAGGAAUGCCGCAACAAGACCAAGAGGAUGCUGGUGGAGAAGAUGGGCCGAGAGGCUGUGGAGCUAGGGCACGGGGAGGUGAACAUCACAGGGGUGGAAGAGAACACCUUGAUUGCCAGCCUUUGUGACCUCCUGGAAAGGAUUUGGAGUCAUGGGCUACAAGUGAAACAGGGGAAAUCAGCCUUGUGGUCCCACCUGUUACAUUAUCAGGAAAACCGGCAGAGAAAACUCACAUCAGGAAGCCUCAGUACCUCAGGAAUAUUUCUUGAUUCAGAACGGAGGAAGUCUGAUGCCAGCUCAGUCAUGCCUCCCCUGAGAAUCUCCCUCAUUCAGGAUAUGAGGCACAUCCAGAACAUUGGGGAAAUCAAGACUGAUGUGGGAAAAGCCAGAGCAUGGGUGCGACUGUCCAUGGAAAAAAAGUUACUUUCCAGACACCUGAAGCAGCUUCUCUCAGACCAUGAGCUCACCAAAAAGUUGUACAAGCGCUAUGCCUUCCUGCGCUGUGACGAUGAGAAGGAGCAGUUCCUCUAUCACCUCCUCUCUUUCAAUGCGGUCGAUUACUUUUGCUUCACCAAUGUCUUCACAACUAUCCUGAUUCCUUACCACAUCCUGAUCGUACCAAGCAAGAAGCUGGGGGGCUCCAUGUUCACCGCCAACCCAUGGAUCUGCAUCUCGGGAGAACUGGGUGAGACACAGAUCCUGCAGAUUCCCAGGAAUGUGUUAGAGAUGACCUUCGAGUACCAGAACUUGGGGAAGCUCACUACGGUGCAGAUAGGCCAUGAUAACUCUGGGCUGUAUGCCAAAUGGCUUGUUGAGUAUGUGAUGGUCAGGAAUGAGAUCACCGGACAUACCUACAAGUUCCCGUGUGGCCGGUGGUUGGGGAAGGGCAUGGAUGACGGAAGCCUGGAGCGGGUCCUAGUCGGGGACCUGCUCACAUGCCAGCCUGAGGUGGACGAGAGGCCGUGCCGGACCCCGCCCCUGCAGCAGUCUCCCAGCGUCAUCCGGAGGCUCGUUACCAUCUCACCCAACAGCAAGCCCAAGCUGAACACUGGGCAGAUCCAGGAGUCCAUCGGUGAGGCAGUCAAUGGCAUCGUGAAGCACUUCCAUAAGCCUGAGAAAGAGCGAGGUAGUCUGACGCUGUUGCUUUGUGGAGAAUGUGGCCUUGUCUCGGCCCUGGAACAGGCUUUCCAGCAUGGAUUUAAAUCGCCGCGGCUCUUCAAAAAUGUCUUCAUUUGGGAUUUCUUGGAAAAAGCACAAACCUAUUACGAGACUCUGGAGCAGAAUGAACUUGUUCCUGAGGAAAACUGGCAUACGAGGGCCCGGAACUUCUGCCGUUUUGUCACUGCGAUCAACAAUAAUCCCCGGAACAUUGGCAAGGAUGGCAAGUUUCAGAUGCUGGUGUGCUUGGGAGCCAGAGAUCACCUCCUGCACCACUGGAUUGCCCUGCUGGCUGACUGCCCCAUCACCGCACACAUGUAUGAGGAUGUGGCGCUGAUCAAAGACCACACACUUGUGAAUUCCUUGAUCCGCGUUCUGCAGACACUGCAGGAGUUCAACAUCACGCUGGAGACAUCCCUGGUCAAGGGCAUCGACAUCUGACUUCCCAGCACCAGCUAUAGCAGCAGGACCCAGAGACUCGCCUGUAGCUCUGCCCCUCUUCUUCCCAAAGGGACCUACGCGAGUUGUGCAGGAGAUGAGAGGAGAUGUACACUCACUGUAAAAAGAAAAGGAGAGGAUUUUUGGAAUAAAUAAUCUAUUUUAGAGUUUAUUUGCUGAUUUGCUUUUUACACACUUUCAUGUGAAAGAGUGAUAGGGAGAGGGAGACGAGGUUGGUGCCGCUUAUUUUUGAAGCUGGUGCCCUCCCUCGCCGUGGCCACGCGCUGGAGCCUGCGGCCUCCCUGGACUGAGCCUGCGGCACGUGCGGGGCAGUUCUGCUUCCUCGGCCCCGCCGCGUUAAUGAGGCCAUUCCACAUUGUUUUUAAACUGAUGUUUUCUAUAUUAACAUUAUUAUGGAUAUUUGGCUUUCACGGGCCACACAUAGGUGUGCUGAGCAGGAAGCCCCAAGCUCCAAUCAAAGGGAUUUUUAGUAGUGCCUCUACAAGCACUGAUGAGUCAGCUCCAUGUCUUUUCUUUUUUUUGUCAGUAUUAUUUGGGAAGGAGACAUGCCAGGAUGUAUCAUGGUGCAGAAAGUCAGUUUCCUCUUGGCACGCAGUUGCACAGAAGUAAACAUAAGCACGUUUUAACAGGUUUUCCUUUUCUUUCUUUUAUGUAUUAUUUAUUUAACCCUCCAUUGUGUGUUUUAAGUCUUUUUCUUUUUUCUUUUUUUUAAGGAAAGAAAAAGCUGUCACAGUCUAACUGGCUAUGUUAUCAUUGUUAAAUUUAUGUUAUUUUGCGACUUAGAAACCAGCUGCAGUAUGGCCCACUUAAUAAAACACCU